GCGAAUCGAAUUUUUCCUAAUAUUCGAAACGAAUUCCACUUCGCCAGUACAGCAAAAAGUGUAUCUGCAGAGAGCUCCGCUAUUUCUGACAGUUCUCUGACAGUUUCUUCACAUUUACAGCGGUUGAAACAUUGUAUCUGUUUCCGAAUAAAAACAUCUGUAUCCUAAAUGGAAACAAAUAGAUACAAUGUUUCAACCGCUGUAAAUGUGAAGGAACUGUCAGAGAACUGUCAGAAAUAGCGGAGCUCUCUGCAGGGACACUUUUUGCCGGCUGAUCGGGAAAAAUCCGAUUCGCGCACCCGAAGUUGGCUAAUAUUCGGAUUCGGCACGAAUCAAAUUUUUCCUGAAAUUCGAAACGAAUUCCACUUCGCCUGGUUCGAUUCGCUCAUCUCUAGUU